AUGCCAGAAAAGCGGCACCUGGCCCAAUAUGGGAACCCAAUGGAAAAAGGCCAGACAAUCGAAAUUGAAAUUCAGCAGGGCAAAGCACUCAUUGACGAGUCAUUGAGGAACGGCGUGAAACACUUCGUGUACAGCUCCGUGGACCGAGGUGGCGAGAAAAAGUCGUUUGAAAACCCAACACCGGUUCCACACUUUGCCAGCAAACACAAGCUGGAGCAGUAUCUCCUUGACAAGGCAUCUGGCAGCAGCAUGGACUGGACCAUACUCCGCCCGACCGGUUUCAUGGACAACUACGUCCCCGGCUCAAUGGCGAAGGUCUUCUUCACGGCUUGGAAAGUAGCCAUUGACAGGGACCGCCCGCAGCAAUUGAUUGCCUGCGCUGACAUUGGUUACUUCGCAGCCCAGGCUCUAAUGUAUCCGGAGAAGUACAAAGGUCGAGCGAUCUCGCUUGCAGGCGACGAGUUGACGUUUGACCAAGCCGCCGCAGUCUUUAAGCAGAAGAUCGGCAGUGACAUGCCAACAACCUAUGGUGUGGUUGGUUCCCUGACGCUAUGGGCUCUGAAGGAUGUCGGCACUAUGUUCAAGUGGAUGAAUAGUGAAGGAUUCAGGGCCAAUGUUCAGGAGUUGAGAAGAGAAUAUCCUGGGUUGACAGACUUCGGUACUUAUUUGGAGAAGAAUAGUGGAUACGGCCGCAACUGA